CUUUUUUUAGGUCUUAGCAUUUCCUCGUCUCGCUCUGCCUUUUCCGUCUUAUCCCAGUCCCACCUUCAAGUACAAAGGCGGCGGCGCUCCGAUCGAACCCACACCGCAAACGCAAACGAUGGAGGGCAAAGACGACGGCGUUGUAUCCAACGGCAGCGUCGCUCUCGAGAAGGACGAAGCCCUAAUCGGAACCCUCGAUCAAGAUCAAGAAGGGGGCGAGAAGGAGAAGAAGGCGGAAACCGAUGCCGACGGCACGAUCUAUCUCAUCGGCGACGAGUUCCAGGGCCUCCAGGCCGAGAAGCAGGAGCUCGAACGCCAGCUUGACGACGCCCGGAAGGAGCUCCACCGCGCCGAGGGGGAGAACCGCUCCCUCGCCGGCCAGGCCCACCACCUUGAGGGCGAGCUCGUCCGCACCCAGGAGGACCUCGCCGCCGCGGCCUCCGCCGCUGAGGACUUCGAGGCCGAGGCCGACCACCUGAAGCGCGCCAUCAAGGACCUGGAGGCCGACAAGGCCUCGCUCAUCGCCGACAAGGCCGCGCUGGAGGCCAAGAUCUCCGCACUCGAGGGGCGCCUCCUCGCUGCCGCCGAGGAGAAGGAAGGGAAGGUCCGAGCCCUCCAGGCAAAGGCCGAGGAGCUUGAGAUGAAGGUGCGGGACCUCACCGAGGGGCUGAGGCACUCCAAGGAGCAGGCAAAAGAGGCCGUGGAGGAGCAGGCCAAGAUCGGGGCGGCGCGGGAAGAGGAGCUCCAGCAGGUCAUUAAGGCCCUCGAGGAGACCAAGACUCGAUUGGAAGGGGAGCACGCUGAAUUCUGUUCCAAUAUCGACAGGAAUCUUGGCGAGAGGGAUGCUGCUGUGGCAGCGAUGGAGAAGGGUCUGAACGUUGCUUGGGUGGCGGCAGCGGUGGCAUCAGUCGGAGCAGUAGCUGCGGGCGCUGUGGCUGUCUAUCUUCGCAAAGUCGGGCAGAGGUAAACCGGCGUGAAGGUUAUGAUUUCUUGGGUGUUACCUGAUGAGAAUUUUAGCUACUAUUUUCUUUUCAUAAUCGCUAUCAUGUUAGAAUUUAAGGUUUAUAGGUUUACUGCUUCUUGGUUGGAUAAAUGCAUAAGAUCUUUCUGAGAAGCUUUAUUCUUACUAUUAUAUAUAGAUGGAGAGAGAGACAGGAGGAGAGUUAUGUUGUGGCAAAACAGUUCUUGCUAUCUGUUGUUUUCGGUGUUUUUGCUGGUGAUAAAAAGCCUGUAGCCAUAUUUCUGUGGCAAAACAGAUCUUCGUUGAGUUUGGCAGUCAUAUUGCUUAACAUGUCGAUCUCUUGAUGAUUUUGGUUUC